AUGGCACAGAGUGGAAACGGAGCAGCAAGUGAGAGUGAUGUUACAUCACUUGGUACCGGACAAGAAAUGAACUUUGAUGAUGACACACUGAAAGGUAAAGAUUCUUGCAACUGUUAAUAGUGUAUCACCAAAAGGCCUUUAAUGUAGCAAACUAAGGACAAAUACAAUAACAUAUAAAAACGACAAAAAACCGUCAUUUGCGGAAAACAUUCAACAUACGGAAGUGGUUAAAGAGUCAAAGUCUAAAGUAUCUCUACUAAAGGUGGGUUUUUCAUUUUUUUUUUCAUCUUGAUUGGGCUUUUCGUAGAAUUUCUUUUCGAGUUUAUCACUUGUGGCAUAAUGAAUGGUUGUUUUGGUACUAGUGCUUUAUAUAUAAGUAAAGAUAGUGUCAAUUUACAGCGUUAUACUAAUUUUUUCAGAUCAAACCAUUAUGGCACAGAGUGGAAAAGGAGCAGCAAGUGAGAGUGAUGUUACAUCACAUGGUACCGGACAAGAGCUGAACUUUGAUGAUGACACACUGAAAGGUAAAGAUUCUUACAACUGUUAAUAAUGUUUCACCAAAAGGCCUGUAAUAUAUAGCAAACUAAGGACAAAUAGAAUAAUGACAAAAAAUUGUCAUUUGAUAACAUUCAACGUUUGAUACAUAAAGACUGAAAGUCGUUAAACAUUAUCUCUCAACUGAAGGUGUUUUUCAUUUUUUUAUCUAAUAUUAGUUAAUACUAGUUAAUAUUAAUUUAAAGCUUUUUACCGAUUUUUCCAGAUCAAACCAUUAUGGCACAGAGUGGAAACGGAGCAGCAAGUGAGAGUGAUGUUACAUCACUUGGUAUCGGACAAGAGCUGAAUUUUGAUGAUGACACACUGAAAGGUAAAGAUUCUUACAACUGUUAAUAGUGUAUCACCCAAAGGCCUUUAAUGUAGCAAACUAAGGACAAAUACUAUAACAUAUAAAAACGACAAAAAACCGUCAUUUGAAAACAUUUAAAAUACGGAAGUGGUUAAAGAGUCAAAGUCGACAGUAUCUCUACUAAAGGUGGGUUUUUCAUUUUUUUUUUUUUUUUUAUCUAGAUUAGGCUUUUCGUAGAAUUUCUGGUCGAGUUUAUCACUUGUGGCAUAAUGAAUGGCUGUUUUGAUACUGGGGCUUUAUGUACAAGUGAGGAUAAUGUCAAUUUACAGCUUUAUACUGAUUUUCCAGAUCAAACCAUUAUGGCACAGAGUGGAAACGGAGCAGCAAGUGAGAGUGAUGUUACAUCACUUGGUAUCGGACAAGAGCUGAAUUUUGAUGAUGACACACUGAAAGGUAAAGAUUCUUACAACUGUUAAUAGUGUAUCACCAAAAGGCCUUUAAUGUAGCAAACUAAGGACAAAUAGAAUAACAUAUAAAAACGACAAAAAACCGUCAUUUGAAAACAUUUAACAUACGGAAGUGGUUAAAGAAUCAAAGUCGACAGUAUCUCUACUAAAGGUGGGUUUUUUUUUUUUUUUUUUUUUUUUUUUUUAUCUAGAUUAGGCUUUUCGUAGAAUUUCUGGUCGAGUUUAUCACUUGUGGCAUAAUGAAUGGCUGUUUUGAUACUGGGGCUUUAUGUACAAGUGAGGAUGAUGUCAAUUUACAGCUUUAUACUGAUUUUCCAGAUCAAACCAUUGUGGCACAGAGUGGAAACGGAGCAGCAAGUGAGAGUGAUGUUACAUCACAUGGUACCGGCCAAGAGCUGAACUUUGACGAUGACACACUGAAAGGUAAAGAUUCUUACAACUGUUAA